GUUCAGACUGUUAUCACACACACACGAUGGAUGGAGGAGAAAUACCGCGUGCACGCGGUGGCAGCAGCCAUCACGUCAGCAGUUUAUGCAGGUGGCCACGUGACAGGAGCCGUGUUCAACCCCGCCUUGGCCUUUUCCACGCAGUUCCCCUGCGGUGGAAGCUCCUUCGUGGAGCUGUGCGUGGUCUACUGGCUGGGCCCGCUGCUGGGUAUGAUGAGCUCAGUGCUGCUGUUUGAUCAACUCGUCCCUCUGCUGCCGAGGGAACCUCAGCAUCAGCACCAGGUGAAGAAGACGACAUGAGCACGUGUAGAAACUAAGUUACUUUAAACAACACGGAGAUGGACCUUUUUACAGGACUGAGGAGAUCCAGACUAGAUGACAUAAUCAGAGAACAUUUUACAGCUUGACAGAACAGAAUAAUACUUUUAUUUGCCAUUAGUCCUACGUGACUUUAUGUUGAUCAUCAGACGUCCUGAACUGCAACAGCCUCUGACAGCCUGAGGAUGCUGACGGCACUUUGCAGCAUCUGUGUUUUCUCGCAGCUCGUUUUCUGUAAACCUUUUGGAUGCGAGGAUAAACACCUUCAAAAAGUAGGAACUGGCACAAUUGACAUUUCAUUUAUAACUAAAUGUUUGCAUCUUGUAUUUUCAUGAUUCGGGGACUUAGAGCCCUGCAAUCAAGUAAUGCUCACUGCAGCAAUUUCAGUUAUUGAUAGACUAAUAAUAAUAAUAAAAAUAAUAAUAACUGAGUGCUUUGAAAGUGAUUGGCUGUUGAACAGUAGAGGUGUCCAACUCGAGACCUCCCACUCGACUCAGCGUCGAUCUUUUGAAGCGGAAGUGUCGUCAAGCAGAAUCUCGAGCGCGUUCCGAAUCACGUGACCAAUGAGAGCGAGAGGCGUCGAUACGUCACGUGACUGCCGAGCGGCUUAUCUGAAGUUUGAACUGUUGUUUUAAUAUGUCAGAGCUUCAUAGACGUGGCAAGCGGUCCGCAGAUGAUCUAUAAGAUGAUAGAUGAUCUAAAGGAUAGACAAGUUUCACAUUACAGAUAUCUGUAAUGUAUUUAUGACAAAUUCAAAAUGUAAUCAAAGACUAAAACUACAUUUUGACAAGUCGCAAUUCCAAUAUGAUAUCUUUAUUAGUCAGACAUCAGUGCAAACGGCACUUCUCCAAAGCUGGAGAGGUGGUGAGAAUGUGAUUAAAGUCAUGUUCUGUGGAAAAAUAAAAUGAAAUAAAGGUCUUUGAUUAAA